CAGCGACAUCGUGCUUUCUUUAUCUUUUGCCCAACAGCGAGACCCUUCUUGAUAGCUCACCCCUAUAACCCAUGAGCAGCCCAUAAUUCGCCUGAGGCACAUAUAAACACAUUCAUAGAGCCAAUUUCCGCACUUCACCCAAAAGUUGCCGACAUGACAACGCUCAACUUGUCAUCGAAUGGGCCCUCCAUAUCCAAAAGCUAUCAAACCGUGGUUAACUCCGCUCUUCCAGCAAUCUCUCCGACCUAUAGCCAUUGGGCUGUGUUUUCUGUCUCUACCCCCCUUAUCAAUGCCUUUCAGCCAGAUGCGGGCAAUAAAGAGAGUGUUCUGAAGGUUCAGAGUUCAGGAGAGGGCGAACUGGCGGAUCUCAUCGAUGAGUUCUCGGAGGGCAAGAUCCAGUUCGGCUUUGCUAAGGUGACCGAUCCUAACACGGGACUACCCAAGAACGUGCUUAUUGCGUGGUGUGGAGAGGGCGUUCCCGAGAGAACCAAAGGCUACUUUACAAGUCACAUGUCUGCAGUCUCGAAGUUCUUGCAUGGGUAUCAUGUCCAGAUAACGGCUCGCUCGGACGCGGAUUUGACAGUCGAAGGUAUUAUUAAAAAGGUCAGCGAUGCGUCAGGUGCCAAGUACACCCCGGAGAGUGAUCAAUCGUUGUCGACCGCUCCUAAACCGGCUGUCUCCACCAAGCCCGUCUUUACGCCAUCUCGAUCAGGUGGCAUUGCCCUAAAUAAGACACCAGCCGGACAACCGCAUGAUUUACCAGAGAGGAAGUCCUCAGAUGAUGGUUGGGGCCCUGAUGCACCCCCGGUCACAAGAACGCAACUGGAAAAGGUUCAACCCGCCUACAGGCCCACCAAAGUAAAUAUGCAUGAGCUCAAAUCCGAGAAACAACCCUCCGGUGGAAGUAUGGGUCAAGCCAGGGAGGAUUCAAGCAACGUCGUUAAGGGUGGUUAUCAGCCUGUGGGGAAAGUCGAUAUUGCAGCUAUAAGAAGACAAGCCCGCGAGACCGGCAAUCUCCAGGAUGACCGCCCAGAACCGAUCAAAGGCGCCUAUGAGCCUGUUGGCAAGGUUGACAUCGCUGCAAUUCGCUCGAAGGCACAAAAUCUAGCCGAACCUCCCGUGCUAGCUGAUAACAAAUUUACAACGCCAUCGAAUGCACCGACUGCUAACCCCAGGGUACUUCCUGAGCCAAAUUCUGAAAGGCUUACAAGCUUGCCAAAGCCCAAAGUUUCCAACAAAUUCGGGGCUACUCCGGCAUUCAGCGGAACAAAACCACCCCUCCCCAAUGAUUCUAUGUCGAAACCAACACCGUCAGCCUUGCAUGGAGCAAGCAGAACAUUUGCCGAUCAAGGGGGGAAAACUCCCGCCCAAAUAUGGGCAGAGAAGAAAGCUAAGGAGCGUGGAGAGGAUUCAUAUGAACCUCCAGUCCACACAGAGAGCAGUGGGAACGAGGAAUGGAAAAGCUCACCUAGUGUCGUCAGACCCUCGGAUCCUGUCCUGGCAACACAUACAGGAAAGUCCGCUCGCAGCAAUGCCUCUCACGAGGCCGCGGUGAUCGGAGACGAGAGAUUUGAAUCCGAACCUCGAGAUCUUCCACAACACCAUACUACUACUUCCCAUAGGCAUAUUCCAGUGCCGUCCGUCGAAGAGGAUCUCGACUCAAUCUCGGGUGCCAACCGGCCCAUACCUGUGCCCGAACCGGUGCCAGAGCCUGUUCAACAAGGAGGACAUACAUACCAGGAUUAUGAAUUCAGUUCCGGUCCACCUGAGCAAGCAAAGCCCCCCAACCCAUCUCCUCCGGCACGUGAAAGCUCGCCUAUUCGCGUUGCCAUGCCAGUUGGCAGAGGAGAGACUGAUCUCCCGGCCGAACACGGAGUGGACCGAUCUGCUAGCCAGUCAGAUGACGUCCAGCAUACUAUUUCGAAUGAUAAGGCCCCUGAGGAUAACGUGCAAGGUGUCGCCCAGGAUACAAAUCAAGCAGAUCCCGAUACUCACAAUCGCAAAGGAGGCAUUCAGGCCGUUGCUCAGUACGAUUAUGACAAGGCGGAGGAUAAUGAAAUUCAACUACAGGAGGGAGAAUAUGUGGUUGAUAUCGACAUGGUUGACAAGGACUGGUGGCUAGGGUCUAAUGUCCGCGGCGAAAGAGGCCUUUUCCCAAGCAAUUACGUCGAAAUUGUCGAACAUGACCAGCAGAACCACAGCCCGUCGGAUUUCCAAGACACACACGGCGCAGACGAAUCAGUGCCUCCCACUGAGCCGACUACAGCCACUCCCCCUGUCGCUUCCUCAACUCCUGCGCCGAGCGCAACAGCAUUGUAUGACUAUGAGGCUGCAGAGGACAACGAACUGAGUUUCCCCGAAGGCGCUCAGAUUACGAACAUUGAAUUUCCGGAUGACGAUUGGUGGUUUGGUGAGUUCCACGGCAAAAAAGGACUAUUCCCUGCCAAUUAUGUUCAGAUUGCGAAAUGAGGCUGUGAAGCUAGCUGUAUGAUGGCUAUUUUAUAACGCAAAUCGUAGUUCAAAUGGAGGUCAAAACAUUUGACCUGGGUUUGUCGAAUAGCUCAUACCCGCUACGGCCAAACCGCGAUUUCUGUGCCUGUUUCAAUUUCGCAUACUUCACAUGGGGAGCCCAAAAGAAAAGGGGAGGGGGAAGGUCAAGGGGUAAAUAUGAAGAAGGGAAUGGGAAAGAAUCCCCAUGUUGUUGAUUAUACAUAUUUUGUUUCCAAAACUUUCGUUUGAAGUUCUUACAAAAAUAAAGGGUA